UUUUAAAUGCGCCUCCCCCCCCUCCCUCCGUCUCCCUGUAGCGUUUUGGGCAGAGAGGACGCCGGUUCACGAAGCCGCCCGAGACGGGGAGGUCCGUCACCUCCAAGAGCUGAUCGAGAACGGCGCCUGUGUCAACCUGGUCACCUACGACUCCAUCACGCCCCUCCACGAAGCCAGCCUGCGUGGGCAGACGCGGUGUGUGGAGAUGCUGCUGGCCGCAGGAGCCCAGGUGGACGCCAGAAACAUCGACGGGAGCACCCCGCUCUGCGACGCUUGUGCCUCGGGGAGCAUCGAGUGCGUGAAAGUCCUCCUCUCGCACGGGGCCAAGGUCAACCCACCAUUGUACAUCGCCUCGCCCCUCCACGAAGCCUGUUUAAACGGCAGCGCCGCGUGUGUCCGUCUCCUCAUUGACGUCGGUGCGAACCUCGAGGCCCAUGACUGCCAUUUUGGAACGCCGUUGCACGUGGCCUGUGCGCGAGAACACCUGGAUUGCGCCAAGUUGUUGCUCAACGCAGGAGCCAACGUGAACGCCGCCAAACUUCACGAGACGGCCCUUCACCACGCUGCCAAAGUGCGAAACACCGACCUGGCGGAGAUGCUGAUCCAAUUCGGAGGAAACGUUUACGCCCGGGACAACCGAGGCAAAAGGCCUUCCGAUUAUAGCCAGAGGAGCAGCUCCACAGGAAAAUGCUUCGCCUACUAUGAACGUGAGUUUAUUUUACUUUUUUCUUUCAUCUGUCUCAUCCGGGUGUGCAUUAGGUUGUCAGGAAUCAGAAUCAGAUUUGGAAUAGA